AUGUCUUCAACUGAUUUUGAGCAUGACAGGGCGUCUGAGUUGAUAGCUCAGGCCCGAAAAAUCGUACAUGACUUCGAUUUCCCACCGGAGGAUGUUCGUCGCGCCACAACUCAUUUUUUGAAGCAGCUAAAUGAAGGACUUCAAGAAGAUGGCACUUCAAUGUGCCAGAUUCCUUCAUUUGUAACCAAACUUCCCAAUGGUUCCGAAAAGGGCGUCUGCUUGGCCAUUGAUCUUGGCGGUACCAACUUGAGGGUAUGCUCUGUCGAAUUACACGGAGACUCCACCUACUCCUUGACUCAGUCCAAAGCCGUCAUUCCCAGACACUUGAUGGCUGCGCCAACAUACAAGGAUCUCUUUAGAUUCAUCGCGCUGCAGAUGAAAGAGUUUCUGGAGACGCAUCACCCAGAAGACCUCACAACAUGGUCUCAACUCCUGAAAGAGGGAGACGCAAUCACUGAAGAAAUAAGACAGAAACACUGCAAGAGCCUUGGCUUCACUUUCAGUUUCACUUUCGAUCAGCAUGCUAUCAAUGAGGGAACACUACUGUACUGGACAAAGUCAUUCGGUAUCGCUGAUGCAGUCGGCCGCGACCCGUGUGCCAUGCUGCAGGAGGCUCUCGACGAGCAACACUUGCCUCUCCUGGUCACAGCACUGGCUAAUGAUACCGUUGGUACUUUGGCUGCACGAGCAUACACAUCUCCGGGACGUUCCAGUAAUGUGGUAGGCGCCAUCUUCGGAACCGGCACCAACGGAGCCUACAUGGAGCGCGUUUCUCGCAUCACCAAGCUGCACUCACGUGUAGAGUUCUCAACUUCGGCAUCGGACGCAAUGAUGGCGCUGAAUACCGAAUGGGGAGGAUUUGACAACAAGUUAGAAGUACUACCUUCAACACGAUUCGAUCGAGACUUGGACAGAGAUUCUGUCAACCCAGACGAUCAGCAUUUCGAGAAGCGCAUAUCCGGCAUGUAUCUUGGUGAACUACUUCGGCGCAUACUAAUCGACCUGUCACAACCUGGACAGAGCCUAUUUGGCUUCCAAGUCUCGGGAGACUCCCCGCUUUACACGCCGGACAGCAUUGAUAGCUCUUUGCUGUCAGCAGCGAUGAUAUCACGAGGUCUCGGAACCAACCUUCUCAGACCUUUUCUCUAUGGGGCACGGAGCCUGUGGAAACUAAUUACGAGUUGGCUUCAUGUAAAAGUUCGAUUUACGAUUUCAUCGAAGGGCACAUCGGGCGACUUCUCUACACCCGGGGACGGGGAUAGCUCUCAGGCGGAAAAUGAUGGCGAGGACUCGAACGAAAUCAUCGAUGUUGGGGUUGAUGGUUCUUUAAUCGAACAUUUCCCUAACUUUGAAGAGAAUCUGAGGGAAGCUUUGAGAGAAAUUCCAGAGAUUGGUGUCAUGGGUGAUAGGAGAAUCAGGAUCGGCAUGGCGAGAGAUGGUAGCGGAGUUGGGGCUGCUUUGAUUGCAUGGGCGGCGAGGGCAUAA